UUAGUACAUUGUGAAUAUGUAAAGCAUGCUUUUUUACUAUUGGCGAAUGAGAGACCAGACCAAUCUAGCGAAUGAUUCCCGGUAAUAAUAAACUCAAUUUGACUUUCUCUUUUCUUUUUAUAAUUUCAUCAUCUUAUAAAUUAUGGAAAAAUAUGGUAAUUAACUAUGGCUCAAAAUAAUGAAGGAAAAGAGCUGGAAUAUGGCUGAGAUUUUAAAAUUGAUGACUAUUAGCAACUGGGGUUUUAGUUAUUUCAAUAUUUCCUAUUUGUCUUCUUUUCAUAUUCCUUUUUUGUCUUCAUUUGGUUCCUAUUAGUAUUUUAAUUAAAUUAGCCAUUGAUAAUGUAUAUAAUCCUUAUUUCUCGCUUUAUUUAAAAGAGAGUGAUGGUUGUCUUCAUGCCUUGGCAACCUAAUUUCACUUUUCCCAACUACAAUUACUUUAUUUAAUUUCUCUCAUUUUUUGUUUAUUUUAAUUUUCCCCCAACCGGACUCCAAACCAUUUUAUUAACCAAAAUACAUAAUUUCCUUGCUUCAAAUAAUUAACAAUUAAUGUCCCCAAUAUUUAAUGUUUUCCUAACAAUUUUUAAAUUGCAAUUCGGACAAUCUGAGAAAAGUUAAGAGAACCUAAAUUGGCUUUUUUUUUAACUUCCUAAAACCUCUUUUUUUUCCCAUUUUUCCCAUCACCAAACCUUUUUCCCUUCUAAAUCUCUGUUUUUUCCUCCAAAAAUCCAAUCUUUCUCCCUGAAAAUCAUUCUUCAUCUCCAACAGUUUUCUCCCUCAUAACCAAUUUUUAUUUUUAAUUUUUUCACAACUUUCCUUUCUCUCUAAUAGCUUAUCAGAGUCCAGAAAAAGCUUGUUUAAAAAUAAUGAGAUUUUGAAGAAAAAAAAAUCUGAUACCAACUUGCUUACUAAUGGAAGUGAGUAAUACUUUGAGUGGCAGCGGAGUUACAGUGGUGGGAUCAGAUGCUCCGUCGGACUACCAUGUGGCCCCCAGGACCGCCGCCGAAACCCCCCCUGUCUCAGCGCCACCACCCGCCGCCGUGACUCCGCCGCAUCCAGCUUCUGCAACUCCUCCUCCGCCGCCGCCAGCAGCGGCCGUGGCUGGGACUGUUACAAUCUUGAAGAAGAAGAGGGGAAGGCCGAGGAAGUACGGCCCUGAUGGGUCAGUUGCUGGAGCUCUCUCUCCGAAGCCGAUUUCUUCCUCUGCUCCGCCUCCGGUUAUCGACUUCUCGGCCGUCGCAAAGCGCGGGAAAGUCCGGUCUGCUAUCACCUCCGCUGCCAAGGUUCAGAUGCCCGUGAUGGAGACUGAGAGUAUGGGUGAAUGGGUUUCAUGUUCAGUUGGUGCUAAUUUUACACCUCAUAUUAUCACGGUCAAUGCUGGAGAGGAUGUCACUAUGAAGGUUAUAUCGUUCUCUCAGCAAGGUCCCCGAGCAAUAUGCAUUCUCUCGGCUAAUGGUGUAAUUUCAAGUGUAACUCUUCGUCAACCUGAUUCUUCCGGUGGUACAUUGACGUAUGAGGGUCGCUUUGAGAUACUGUCAUUGACUGGCUCAUUCAUGCCCUCGGAGACUGGAGGAAUGAGAAACAGAUCUGGUGGCAUGAGUGUUUCUUUGGCUAGUCCUGAUGGGCGUGUCGUUGGAGGUGGAGUUGCUGGCUUAUUAGUAGCCGCGAGUCCUGUACAGAUUGUAGUGGGAAGCUUUCUCGCAGGCAACCAGCUCGAGCAGACAACUAAGAAACAAAAACCAGACUCCUUGGCUAUUAUACCUACUGCUGCCAUACCCAUCUCCAGUGCAGGGAUGGAAGACACUUACCAUACAUCCCCAUCGUUUCGUGGGGAUAGUUGGUCUUCGAUGCCCCAAGAAUCAAAGAACAAGCCUACUGACAUCAAUGUGACUUUGCCCGGUUAGAGGAUUCUGAUUUCUUACCGACCUCAUCUGCAUAGUAUUCCUUUUCAAGGAGGCUCCUAUUUGAGGAAUCUUGUCUCUUAAACGCUCGCCUUAAACCACGGCGUGUAGGCCAAUUCCAGAGAAAGGUUCAUGUAUCGAAUUAGUGCAUUAGUUGCGCUUGUUUUUUUCCCAUGUAUUGUAUCUUCAUACUACAAUUUAUCCUUUGAGUUGAACUCAUUUAUCGUUUGUUGUAGUGUUGCUCUAGAAUCUCUUCUUUUUAGUCUGUAGUUGCCAUUGUCUUGGAGUUUGUUAGGUGGGAAAAAAGGUUAAUUUGUUUGGGGCAAAUGAUUGCCUUAACACCAAUUUUUAUCUUUGGUUUAUAUUGUUCACUUAGUCACAAGUUAAUUUUUUUU